AUGGCCUGUGAGUUCAAGGAACUUGCAUUGGAUGGCCACAAUUACCCUACGUGGGCUUUGGACGUCAAGAUAAGUCUGUCAUCCAAAGGGAUUGUUGCCGCCCUGACUCCACCAACGAGCAGAGACACGACAUUUACUGAUCAAUCCAAGUACCAAGCCUUAUAUGUCAUGAGGCAUCACAUCCAUGCUGACCUCAAAUCUGAGUAUGCUUUGGAGAAAGAACCUAGCACCUUUUGGCUAGCCCUAAAAACAAGGUAUGAACAACAAAAGGCAAUUAUCUUGCCUGAAGCUCUCCAUGAAUGGAACCAUAUCCGCCUUCAGGACUUCAAGUCCAUAGGUGAAUAUAAUCAUGUUGUUCAUAAAGUUUCUGCCAAAUUACGAUUUUGUGAGAAAGAGCCAUCUGACGUAAAAAAGAUAGAAAAAACUAUCAAUUCUAUGCUUCCAUCAGACAGGAUCUUGCAACAGCAAUACCGUAAGAAGGGUUAUGACACCUAUCCUGAGCUUAUACAUGAUUUACUACAAGCUGAGAAGCAUGAUGAACUCACAAUGAAGAUUCAUUGCCAACGACCAGUUGGAUCAGCUCCUUUGCCUGAAGUUCAUCAUAAUAAUGCGCAGGGGAAAAAGAAGUUCAAUGGCCCUAAGAACCAUAAAAAGAUCUUCAAAGGUGGCAAAUCCAAGGGCAAGAACAAAAAGGGCAAGCCCAAUGUGCCAGCUCCUGGUAAAGGCAAUUCCAAUGCACCAAGCGACAACAAAUGUCACUAG